AUGGAUUUAGACAUUGUCGGAAGGUUCGAAACCUAUGAGGACUAUCUCGAUUCCAAAAUUACCCAGGAGCACUUGUACUAUUUAGGAAAUCGUGAUGUCGCAAGAAGCCUUUUCGAAUUAGGUUGCGUUGGUGGUUUAGAUAUUAUGGAACGCUCUAAAUUUGAGCAAAAGAAACAAGAACUACUCGAACAGAAAACUACAAAAAGAAGUGCACAAGUUCCACUUGCCCAUAUUAAUUGUGAUAGCUCUGCUUCGCCUUUGAUGCAAGAGCUUGCUAAAAUUGAAGAUGAAGUUAGGAAUGGUCAGAAAACAUGCUUGAUUUUCCUUCGUAGUGAAAAUAAUAAAGGACAAGAAAUUAGUGCUUAUAUUGAUUUCGGUGAUCGCCUUAGAAAUGAAGACUGGGUUCCGUACUUUUCAUGCAAGAAGCUGCUGAAACCAAAAAUCACUGAUAUGAGCUACUUCAAUUGGAAAACAAGAACAAUUACACAUAACGAAUCUACAACAUUCGAUGUUAAGGGAAAUAAUGAUCGUGGUAUUAUUGUUACUAACAAGCGUGAUCAGAAAGAUAUUAACUUAGAUCCAAAUGAGCAAGUUCCAGGAGAUAAUACCAUACGUAAAGAUAUUGAAGAUCCUAACUAUCUUCACUGUGUUUUGUAUAUCCACUCCUCUCGUCGUAAAGCUUAA